AUGUCUGACGGCAUUGCUCCAGCUGUUGACAAAGUCGGUCCGCCUGUGUCUACAGCUCCCGAAGCUCAAGCUGGAGCUCCGACCAUGGCCAUGGACACGGACACUGCCAAGCCAGAAGCCCCUGCCUCUGUGAAUCCCCCAACUUCUCUUGAAAAGCCCAAAGAGCCCCCCAUCAUCGCUGAAACCAAAGCUCCCGAGGAGGCAAAGCCGACAGAGGAGCCCCUCUCAAUCGCUGAUGCUUUUAAGCUGGCUCAUAAAACCCCACGGCCCGUCGAAGUCCAGUCCGUCCCCGAGACUCCCGUCAAUCUGGCGACUCCCGUAAAUGGAUCACCACGACCGGAGCUGAACAUCCCCACUGAGCCAGCAGAGCCCGAGAAGCCACAGGAAGAGCCCGUCAUCAUCACUGAGGCCGAAGAGCCGCUGCCAACUCCCACGGCUUCCGCCCCCGGCAGUGAUGUCGGCCCCGACUCCAUUGUUGACAAGCCGGUGACUCCAAAUGGCGAAUCAAAGCCAGCUGAGCUAAUGGCCGGCGCUCUUCAGCCCACCGCCGCAGACGCCAAGUCCGAGACGUCGGAAACGGCCACUGGCGAGAAGCGCAAGGCCGACGUUGCCGUCGCGACUGCGGUUGACGAACCAGCCGCCGAGAAAGAAGAGUCUGAAGACAGCGAGCCCGCAGACAAAAAGGCCAAGAUUGAUAAUGGCAACGGCAAGGCGACCAAUGGCGGACCCCGGAAGCCAGGCCGCCCCAAGAAGGACAAGAAGGCUGCUCCCGUCAUUGGCAAGACCUUGCGUAAGACUCGGAGUCAGGGACCUGUGGAGAUUUAA